AUGGGAAAUUCAAAUGGCAAAGAUAAAAGUGAAGAAAUAGUUGAUGGUGGUCAACUCGUACCACAUGGCUUAUAUAAAGGACCACAGGAUUGGGAUACCAAAAGUGUUCGUAAAUUCAUCAUAGAACGGAAGUUAGCACCCUUCUAUAAAGGAUUAUCAGACUAUGAUGAUAAUUGGGAUGAUGUCACUCUGACAACGCAUAAUCUCCCAAAAAAUGGUGAGAUAAAAAAAACCAUCACUGCAUUAGGAGCCAAAGAGUUAAAACGAACAGGUACUCUAAACUCGACAGGAACUAAUAAAGGAAAAGAAAUUAAUUCAAUGAAAACAUUAGAAACUCAAUUAUAUAAAGGUGCUGUAGAGUGUCCAAUAUGUUUUUUGUAUUACCCUCAAAAUAUCAAUCAUUCUAGAUGCUGCGAUCAACCAAUUUGCACAGAGUGUUUUGUUCAAAUAAAGAGGCCAGAAAAUGGUACAUUAGGUGCUAAUAAUUCUCCAGCGGUGUGUCCAUUUUGUGUUGAACCUAAUUUUGGUGUAUGUUAUAAACCACCACCUUUUAGUAAUGGCAUAGGCAGCGAAAAUGUGACUUUACAUACUACCAUACAGAACAAUAAUAGUUCACCUUCUUUAUCAUCUACAAAUACUUCAUUCAAUACAUCAUCAUCUGAUUCUAAAUCAAGAAGAAAAAGUGUUAGUCAUAAAGAUCCAGAGGUUGUUACUAGUGACCAAAUUAGGCCAGAUUGGGCAACUCGUGUAGUACUCCAAUCUGCACGUCAACCAUUAAGUCCACGAAGACUUCAAAACUUAAAUUCGCCAGGGAAUCCAAGGCGUUUUGUACCUCGUCCUAACCCUCCUACUACCAUCGUACCACCUUCUGCUUCUACCAAUUCACGACGUAAUUUAACCCCAGAUGCAGAUUAUAGUCGAUACCUUGCAGCCAUGAGAAUGGGAACUGAUUUAGAGGAAUUAAUGGUUAUGGAGGCUAUUAGAUUAAGUUUGGUAGAACAAGAGGUUGCGCAACGAAGAGAACGUGAGGAAAGAGAUAGGUCAAACAAUAAUUCACAAGAAAUUUCAACACCAAUAACGACAGGCACAGAAGAUGAAACAAUAACGAGUACAUCAGCACAAUUAUCACCUCGAGAAGAAAUAAGAUUAAUAAAUAGAAAUGACGAUCAAGAGAUUUCACCACCACCGCCUUUAAUUACCGCCAGUGAAAAUGAUGGUUAG